AUGGGCUCCGAGGGGUGGUGCUUGCUGGUCUGCUUGGCUCUCUCCGGGGCAGCAGACGCCGUAGGAAGGCAGUGGCGGGCAGUGGACCUGAUCUUGGACUGCUUCCUGAUGGGAGAAGGUGGGCACCGUGGAGGUUUCGCCAGCCGUGAGAACAUGGUGAAGGCCUUGUUGGUGCUGAAGCAGGUGCCAGUGCCGGACGACGGCUCCCUGGAAGGCCUCACGGAUUUCCAAGGGGGCACACUGGCCGAGGACCACCCACUCAUUACCUUCGAGGCCUCAGUGAACCUGAUACAGAUUCCCCAGGCCGAGGCCUUGCUCCAUGCUGACUGCAGCGGGAAAGAGAUGACCUGUGAGAUCUCCCGCUAUUUUCUCCAGGCCAGGCCAAAGGCCACGGUGGAGACGGCAGCCUGGUUCAUCACCAACGUGCUAGUGUCUGGAGAGGGACCUAGUAUCACCAUGGUGAUGAAGACUCUUGGGGAUGCUGAGAAUGGGGCUGUCUUGCAUCCCAUCCUGAAACUGCCCCUGAGCCCCCAGGGGACUGUGCGGACUGAAGUGGAGUUCCAGGUGACAACACAGACCCCAUCCCUGAAUCUCCUGCUGGGGUCCUCAGCCUCCCUGCACUGUGGCUUCUCUGUGGCACCAGGCUUGGGCAUCACCAGCGUGGAGUGGCGGCUGCAGCAUCAGGGCAGUGGCCACCUGGUGUACUGCUGGAUCAUGGGGCAGGGGCAGGGGCAGGCCAAGCGGGAGGGUGCCACCCUGGAGCCUCAGCAGCUGCUCAUGGCUGGGGACGCCUCCCUCACCCUACCCAGCCUCACUCUGAAGGAUGAGGGGACCUACGUCUGCGAGAUCACAACCUCCUUGUACCGAGCCCAACAGAUCAUCCAGCUCGACAUCCAAGCUGCCCCCAAAGUACUACUGAGCUUGGUGAGCGAAGCUCUGCCGCCCACCCUCCUCUGCAGUGUCACUGGCUAUUACCCUCUGGAUGUGACUGUGACGUGGAUCCGGGAGGAGCUGGGUGGAGCCCCGGCCCCAGUCUCUGGCGCCUCCUUCUCCAGCCUCCGGCAGAGCACAGCAGGCACCUACAGCAUCUCCUCCUCCCUGACGGCAGAGCCUGGCUCUGUGGGUGCCACUUACACCUGCCAAGUCACCCACGUCUCCCUGGAGGAGCCCCUGGGGGCCAACACCUGGGUUGCCCCACCAGAGCAGAGGACAGCCUUUGGAGUCCUUUUUGCCAGCAGCCUCUUCCUCCUGUCACUGCUGUUCCUGGGACUGCAGAGACGCCAAGCUACCUCACCAAGGCCUGCCAGGACCCCGAGGCACUCCGGGUAG